AUGGCGUCUGCUAAUAUAAGUAACAACGUACACACUUCUCCAGGAAUUGAAAAUUCAGCCAUGGAGAUGGACAGGCAGACAGGACAAACAGAAGAAGUUAAAUCAAUGACUUCCAGAGCUUCACCGUUCCAUCUUGCAACAGAAUCAUUUGGGGGACAAGAGCAACAAGCCUUUCAAAUGUUCAUGGACCCAAUGAUGAAGGAACUUGAGGAACAUGUUGCCAAAAACUCAGAACUUCUGGAUAAACUGAAUGAGCAAAUGGAAACUGAAAGGAAAGCAAGAAUCAAAGCCAGAGCCACAGCACACAUACCAGAAGCUCUUAAGGGAGAGGGACAAGGAAUGGCAACUGUGAUGAGAUCUAUAGAAAAUUUAAUGGUGUUUGGAGAGAAAGAUGUAGAGUUUGAAGAGGAAGAACAAGAAGAAACUGUGGAAGGAGAAAACAAGACUGGUACAGAGGCUGAUCAUGGUGAUACUAAUGACGAAGAACAAGGACCUAAAGAUGGAGAUGAAGAAGAAGAAGAAGAAGAUGGUGAUGAUGAUGAUGGUGAUGAUGAUGAUGAAGAUGAUGAUGAUGAUGAGGGAGAUGAAAGCUUUGCUGAAGAAAAGAGAAGACAUCGUACUCUGUUGCCAGCUUUAGAUGAACAUGGUAGAGCAGCCAUUUUGGCCCACAGUUUGGCCAGCUAUGCUUCUAUGCUUAAUGAGGAAAAUCUGAAGAAGUUCACAGAGAAGAUCACAUCAGACUGUAACCUCUGGCUAUCUAGGUUGUUUAGGUUUAUGGAUGCAUCAGCUGUUUUCUGUGAGGAUGAACGUGAUGGGCUGGUUAAGAUUUGCCGUCUUGCUUUAUAUCAGAAGUACCCAAAAUAUGCUGCAGAAGGCUUUGAGGCUCUAUAUUCACGGCCUCCUGUCAUCUAUGUUAGUGCUGCUGCUAGUCCUGAUCUCAGUACCUACCUCUGUCUACAGCUAGGACUUCCGAUGUCCAGUAUAAGCACUGUACCAUGUGAAUCGGGAGCUAACCCAAGCCACAAAAUGGAUUUAUCAAUGUUGGAGAAGCUGAUUCAGGAUGACAUAGCAGCAGCCAAAACUCCAGCCAUGCUUGUGGCAUACGCAGGAACACCACUUACAGGUCAUGUUGAUGAUGUGGACAGAUUACAAGACAUUUGUAGGAAGAAUUCUAUCUGGCUUCAUGUUGAAGGAAACAACCUUGCCACGCUGACACUGGUGUCAGUACCAACUUCGAUACUGUCCUGUAAAGCUGGUGACAGUAUGACAGUCUCUUUGGGCAAGUGGUUAGGAAUUCCAGGUCUUCCUCAUGCUACUCUGUACAAAUCAUCAGACCCAGCCCUGGUGCAUGCUGCUGGGCUCAACACCUUUAACCCACAGAUCAAGCUUAACUGUCUGCCAAUCUGGAUCUGUCUACAGAGCCUAGGUCAUGAUGGCAUUGUGAACCGUGUCAAACAGUCAUGUGAUUUGGCAGAAUACCUGAACUCAGAACUGGAGAAGCUGAAGGCUAUUAAACAGGUGACAAAAGAAAAGAAGGAAGAUGAUACUCCUGCCAAUACCAUACGAGGAAUGAUCACACGCGCCAUUAAUGCUUUGCUUGUGUUUGAAAUGGUAUCACCAACCGUAGUAUUUAGAUACAUUGAAGACAAGGAGGAAGGUCUACAAAUUGCUCCCUACUCCUCCACAUCACUGACCACAGAUGAGAACACACAGGACGAAACCAACUCCUUAAUGUAUUUUGAUGCCCUCAAUGUGUGGCUAGGGGAGACCCUGCAGGCAGAAAAUCCUGGUGUUGAUCUGCGUGUGGCAGAGGUGGAAAAUGAAGGUGUAUGUAUUCGGUUUUCUCCCUUGGACAGUGCUCAGGCAAGAGGAACAGCUGCUGAAGACAUGGAGGCACUUCUUGAAUGUCUUAAGAAACAAAUCGCCAUUUUGGAUUCCACUGUUUUGAAUCGUGACAAGUUGAAAACCUUGAUUUCUAGAGAACCUAGACUGAGAUUACUGGAUAUGCCAUGCUGGGCAGGUCUAGGAGUUGUACAAUAUUUGCCAGAAUCCUGGCAGAACAAAGGAGAUGACUUACCAGAGGAAAGCCUCAAGGAAAUCCAUGUUGUCAAUACAGAACUUGUACAGAGACUCAAGUCACAGGACACAGCAUUUUCCUUGGGUUUCACAGACAAUGAUAUUGCUUGUGUGAAAUUUGGACUGAUCACAGAAGACACUUCUAUAGAGUCUCUCUUAGAACUAGUGUGUGUUACUGGCAAGGAAGUGGAAGACUCCUCAAAGUACCUUGAAACUCUGGCAGAGGUUGUGAAACAAGGAAUUGAAGCUGCUAACCAGGAUCUUGAAAAGGAAAAUCUAACUAAACUUCAAAAUGAGGGUGUUCUUCGACAUGUACCACUAGUUGGCUCCCUGCUCAAUUGGUGGUCACCUCCUCCCAAAGACAGUAUUAAAGGACGCUCUUUCAACCUGGCCUCAGGACAAAUAUCUAGCACAGAAUCCCUGUAUAAAUACCAUAUGCAAAUCCAAGAGGACAAUUCAUCCAAAACUGCUAAAAUUUCCCCUGAACAACAGCCUACCACUCCUCCAGUCAGUCCAACACAGAGGUCAGCGGGGGAGGUGAAAGCCAAUCUGACUAAUGAGGUGCAGGGUGCUGGAGUGAGUCAACCUGUGUUCUCAGGGAUAGACGUUCCAGACUCAGGAACUGCCAUUACUGUAGAGGAGGCAGAGGAAGCCAGCUAAUCUUGGACGUGGAUUCAGUGUCCAUCAUGGGCAGCAAUGCCUAUCAUACAUUCUGGAUUAGAGCCCAAGGAAGAAUGGUUUUCAGCUUACUAGGAUCUGAGAACUAUUUUAGGAUUAAUGGUUGCUGUUCAACACCUAAGAUGAAAAAAGGUGUUAGCGACUCAAAACACCACACAAAUUAUUAAUACAUCAUGAACACUUGACCCUAUAGGAAUUUAGCAUAACCUUAAAGAAUUCUUUUUUCAAUCAAUAUCAUCAUUCAAAACCUUACUCCAAGAAGUUAUUGAUGGUAGAGAAAUCACAUCGUAUAUUGUUCUGUCAUUGUGAGGGUAUACAAUUAAGGUGCUUGAUCCGUGAACUUCUCUGCAAUGUUUCCUUUUAAUCAGUCUGUAGUUUAUAUGGUCUAAGGUCAUUAGUUGCUAAAUAUUUGUAAUUUUCUGGCGUUUAUACAGUUUUGAAAUCACUGGUGUUAUAGAGAAAGAAUAUCCCUGUGAUUCUACAUAUUAAAUUGCUGCUUCAAGCAUAUCGUGUCUAUACUAGUAUUCAAUGUGUUACAUUAUGUAAUGAAUACUUGAAACUUGUACAAGGCUUUUGUUAAUCACUUGUUUUUAUCCUCAGUGAUAUUUUAUGCUUCAUUUUUCAGAAUUGUCAUCGAUGAAAUGCUUUCUUUACGCAGGCUGUUGUUUCAGAAGAGAAGUUAAAUAGCUCUUUUCAUGAGAUUUGUGUGUUUUUAAAGUUUGUCAGCAGUAACAUUCCCAUCUUUAUUUAAUUUAAGUCAUAAUACUUUGUCAAUAGCAAUAUUUAUGAUGUAAAUAAGUGAAAGGCUGUGAACCUGAGAAGGAAUAUAAUGUUUGUGAUUUAUCUAUGUUCUUUAUAAGACCAGGCUGGUCUUAUCGUACGUUAUAAACAAUGUGAUUCCUGUAGAAUCAUCUUUAAGGUGAUAACACCUUGUGGAAUCUGCUGUUUUGAUGUUUCACUACUUAUCAUUCUGUUAAUGUCUUCAUGAUGAGUUUAUUUUCCAUAUUAUUCUUUUUACACAUAUUAUUUGUUACCAAAUGCUUUGAUUUUAUUACAUUUCUAGUUUAUUUAAGAAAUUAUAUAUAUCUUAGUACUCAUUUGACUUACAUCACGAGUUUCCUAUUCUACAAGUUGAUGAGAACACACCAUAUACAAUGCUACAGAAUGUUUUGUCUACAGUUAGAUAUGGCAGUUAAUACACAGUAGUACCACAACUGGUAGGGUUGAUUCCCCACAAAUACAAUACUUCUUACUUUGCUUGUGUCGUCAUCCUCAUGCUCAAGAAUUCCAAUAUUCUCACAUAAAGGCUCCUUAUGGUGAAAGAAUAUAUAGCUAUUUACCCAUAAAGGUAUUUUCUAUUUUGUGUUUUUAUGAAGAUGCUUAUUUCUAAAUAUUUAUUGAGUAUAUAUUAUGUAUGGUUAUUGUAAGGUUUGUAAAGAGUGUGUGGGUGUGUAAUGGUGUGCAAAGGAGAGGGCGACUCUUAACAAAGAUAAUGAUAUUUAUUUGAUAUAUAAUUGAUACUUUUAUGUUCAGCAUUUACAACACCUCUGAUCCAUUACCCUAUGUCUCUCCAGUAAGUAGUUGGCAGGUAUUCCAUGACAGGGUCACAGAGCACUGCUUGGAUGUUGCAUCAGUUGAUAUGUCACAUCUAAUGUUUCCUCACAAACUAGAUCCACAAGAUCCUCACAAAUGGUGAUGGUUUGGUGUCAUGUUAAAAUAGUUUCAGAUUGUCACCAAUCGGAAGUGAUAGACAGAAAACAUGUUCACACAAGAAUGGCCAUAAUUAGUAAUACCAAAUGACCUCUUUUUACUCUCAAACAUAUUUACAAUAGAAAAAUUCUCAACUAUGCCUAUUGUUGUAUAGUAUUCACUAUUACAACGUUUUAACUUGAUGUGAUAGGAUGACCCUGCUAAUAUUUACUUAAUGCCACCAUGUUUUGACAAGCACUUUGCUUAUUCUUACAACUUUUCAAUAAGGACAUUACAGACCAUUGAUAGUAUACAAAAUCUGAUGACAUCACUAUUGGAGAGAUAACUUUUGUGUAGCAACCCAUCAGACCCAUGAUUUGCAUUUCAAUCUUUGAAAUACCUUGGUAUUUUUAUUUCAUGUUUUUUAUGUAAAUGUCAUACUUGUGAAAUAUAUGUACUUUGGAAAAUCAUGAAAUAUCCACUGUAUAUACUUAAAUGAGUUAUAAUAACUUGUAUACCAUGUGUACUGUUACAUAAGUGCCAGCUGAAGAGGGAUGUAUCACAUAAUGACUUGUAAUAUUCACUGAUGUGUUUUGACAAAAUUACAACAAACUGAGGUCUUGCUGUCCAUAUUUGUAAGAGCAAUCACGCUGUAAAGUAGUAAAUCUUUAAAGUUCGGGUGAUGAUCUGUGUUUUUGUUAUAAGAGCAAUUUCAUUGUAAAUCAAUGAAUGAUGAUGUGUUUUGUUUUAUAUUCUGGUGUUUUCAUAAAUCCUUCAUCUUCUUUGUGCAUUUGAGGCCACAUUCAUUAGAUAGUGUAAUGAUGGUGGGCUAUUCAAACUGCUCUCCAUCACAUCUUCUGUCUAGGCGUAAACAAUUCUUCUUAUCUCUAUUUCUGGAGGACCCCUGGAUGGAUUUUUCUCAAAUUUUAUACAUAAAUUUCUCAUUGUUUCUAGUUGUACAGUUUGGGCUGAUUUCAAAAACCUCAUGAUUGGGAGGUGGCUGUCUUUUAUUUCAACAGUCGUGGUUUGUUCUAGCUAUUUGUGGAAAAGUGUUUGUUGAAUCAUUUUCAAAUUUCCUCGUCGGUUGCAUUUGGUUCCUUGUUGUGCAUAGUUCACUUUGGGAUUGAUCUAAAAAACAAAAUGGCUGAUAGGCAACCAUUUUGAUAUUGAUUGGAAAAACAAAACGGCUGAAAAACAAACAUUUAAACAAUGGUGAGCACCUUCAUGGAUCUCCAGUGAUUUGUAAACAUGUUUGAGAUGGUCUCAAUCCAGGUCAGCUGUUAUAUUGUCACAUUUAAUUUAAUUUGUUGUGUGUAAAACACAGCUUAUACACUGAUAUUUUUAUUAUUUCUAUUGUGUAAAGUUUACUGGUACCUAGUUAAAAAUGGCAAAUAUGUCUUGCAUGAGUCAGUCAGAUUACCAAAUAUGGGCAUAUACAAGAGAUUCCUGAGAGAUAUUGAUAACCAUCAUUGAAUGAUCUUUAUUAAUUCUACUUUUCCAUUUUUCUCUUAAUCAUUUGAUAACAAGUCAAUUUUACAUAUGGAGUAUAAGAACUGAUCACACUCAAAUUGAAUGGAUGCAACAAAGGCCAGUGAGGAACGUAUGAAGUUUGAGAAUUGUCCAUCAAAUCCUCUUUUGAUAAAUAGCAAUGACACUGAUUGUUUAUGGAUAGCUAUGGAUCACAGCCAGACAGUGAUCUGAACAGUCUCUGAUCUGAUGAGGGGCUAAUAAAUCUUCUUAACAGAAGCUGGAUAUAGCAGUGUGGUGUCUGACAGAAGCUAGACGGUGUGAUAUAUGGUUCUAAGAUAAUCAAACUUUAAAGGUCAAGUGUUGAGUGGGAGAUAUAUGUUGGCUAUAUUUAAAUUACCAUGAGUUGGUGACUAUCACUUUGUGAGCACCAGCUGGGGAGAACAAUAACCAAUAAACUCUGGAAAUUA